AUGAUUGACGAGUGGGAAGAAGUGAAGCGGCUCGCGAGCGACUUGCAGCGUGCGCAAUCAGCAUCGAGUUCUCAACGGUUGUCUGAGCGGAAUUGCGUGGAGGUCGUGAGCAAGUUGGUGGAGAUGAAACUGCUCGAAGUUUACUUCACGAACGACGCGAGACAAUACGUUACUCCCGCUCAACUUGCCCGGGAAAUUCAGGAUGAACUGUACCUUCACGGAGUUGAGGAGAUGCUCUCCACUGUGGACGAGGACAUCGGAAUAAUGCCACCAAAUGACAUGCAAAUCCAGAAAUAUAAAUUAGAAAAUUAUCUUGAGAACGGGCACGUGCUUCUCAGUAAUGAACAAAUUAUUUCCGUGGAAGAAAAACGUCGCCUGGGGGUCGCUGAACUUUCGACAUUACUGAAUGUCGACUACAAUCGCAUCGAAGAAUGUUCCGAGUCACUCGCGAGACAAGGGAAAUUCCAGAUUAGCAUGGGGGAACUUCUCUCGUGCGAAUACAUGGAUGGAGUAGCGGAAAAUCUGAACGAGAAAUUGCAGCAGGAAGGUUUCAUCAAUCUGGCUCGUCUCACCAAAGCCCUGGACAUCCCCACGGAAUUUCUUCGAAAGGAAAUGGAAAAGCGAGCGAAGAACGUAUUGAUCGGGCGUCAAGACGAAACUGACUCCAAUCUGUUUGUGACGGAUGCGUACUUAUCACGAAAUCGUGCUAAAAUUCGUGGAGCACUUUCUGGAGUCACCAAACCGACGCGAUGCGCGCAAAUUAUCUCUCAUCACGAGCUUUCCGAACACAUGUUUCAAGCAUUUUCGGAAGAGCUCUUGAGGACAGGUCGAAUCGCUGGCGUGAUUUCGGGAGGGAAAAAUAUUUCGUCUUCCGUUUUCAUCCCGGAAAUUCAUUCCCACGCGCAAAGCCAAUGGGUUUCGCAGUACUUCCGGCAGAAUGGAUUCGUUGAUUACGAAGCUGUUUCACGCCUGGGUAUCACGGAUCCGAAAGCGUUUAUUCGUCGAAUCCUCCCGGACGAAGAAGGAUUGGAAUUCUUGAGCAAGGCGUGUGUCGGGAAAACAAUGACGAGCCAAGUUCAAGCCAGUUUGCAGGAUGAACUCAGUACCUGUGACUGGGUCGAUGCUGAGCCGUUUUUACCAUCCAACCUUGCUCAAGAAGAAAUUGGAGAGCUGAUUGAGCUUGUGCUGAAACGCUGGGAAACACGCGGAGUGAAGUUGCCGAAAGUCAUUGGAAAGUCGCUUCUGGUUUCGGAAACGUUGUCAACGAAAGUGCUACAGCUUCUCGAUCCUAUCGUCGACAACAAAGCAAAAGAAGACGUUGCGAAAGGAACAUUCAAAAUUAACCUGAAGGCACCGAAGGCGAAGCCUGUGACGAAAAAGCCUUCGAAACGGGACAGCGACGACGAAGACGACGGAGGUGGCCGUGGUUCCAAGAAGAAAGAAGAACGGCGGAAGAAGGCCGCCGGUGGGAAAGCUGGUGGCGGCGCUCAAGGCAGGGAGACCAAAACCAAGUCGACCAAGAAAAAAUACAUGGCUGGGAAAGACGCGCAAGAUUUUGACGAGCAUUCGUCGGAGGAAGAAUCUUUGGAUCCCCGAGCAAUGGUCGACACUGGAGCCGAGUUUAUGCCCUUGAAGGACUUGUCGGAUGUUGUGAAAAAUUUGGACGUGUUGAGGGAUGCUCCUCCGUCCCUGGGAGACAAGUUGGCCGCUGAAUUGAGAAAGAUACUGAAUACCAAGUACAAUGAACUGGCGAAAACGUAUGCACUUGCUUCCACUCCCGAUUCCGCAUCCGACAUCAAGACCAAGUUCCUUGCUGCUCUUAGAACGAGUGCUGGUGACGCGUUGGCCAAUAUUCGUUUAUACGCGAAAGGUUCCGAUUUUGUGACGGAAACAGAUUCAGAGCUGGGAGCUCAGUUGAAGAAGCAUUUGUGUCGUACUUUGGUGUCGCAAUUGGCGCACAAGUCAGUGCUUUACUUGGCCUGGACUUCGGAGGAUGGAGAGAAUUUGGAAGUUGAUGCCCAGGACAUUGACAAGACGGAGUUCUGGGAAAAUUUUCCAACUGAAGUGAAGGCAAGGUUGAUGCAGUCCUUGCCGAACGAGAUGAAGGCUGAGGUGACCAAGAUGAUGAAGAACCUUUCUGGGGAUGACCUCGAAGUUUCCCUGAAGGAUUUGGAGACUUUACUCGGACCGGGAUACUGCGAAAUCCUCUUCAAAAAGCCCGACAAGAAACGCGACAAGUCAUUGCACCACGACCGGAACCACUUGUGGAGGCGGCGACAAGAGGAGCCCCGACUCGGCACUUUGAUCUUAGCUCUUGACUCAGCAACUGCUCCUGACUUUACUAUUGUGUGUUACGUGUGA